AUGGUCCAAAAGCCCGAUUUCAGCGCUGACACGUCUGGACCGUACCUCCGACCCCGGCUUAUCCCAAAGAGACCGGACCCUCCGACCGGGGAUAUGGAUACGGGUCCGUCCACCGGCGGCGAAGCCGGGACCCAGGCAGAGCAUCCACCGGCGGCCACCGCCGAGCGAAGCAAACUCUGGUUCGACGAGACGGUCGUCGUGCCAGACGCGUUCCGAGAUGUCCUGGUGACCUACAGCCACAUUCCCCCGGGGGACGUAGACGAGCACGUCAUCCAGAUCCGCAACAAGGCCUGGGAAGUCCACCACUACCCAUGCCUGGGCCAGUUCCGCUUCCUCGAGCUCAACCUCUCGAGCCGGCCGCAGGGGGACCUGUACGCGCGCCUCCUGUCGACUCUCAAGUCGGCCUCGUCGCCGACCUUCCUGGACGUGGGCACCUGCCUGGGCCAGGACGUCCGCAAGCUGAUCCACGACGGGGCGCCGCCUGCGACCGUGGCAGGGGCAGAGCUCUCGCCCACGUUCAUCAAGCUGGGCUACGAGCUGUUCCGCGACUCGCCGGGGGAGGUGGCGAUGGUGCAGGCGAACAUACUCGAGCCGCUGGCUGAGGGAGAGCCGCUGGACCAGUUCAAGCGCCAGCUGCGGGUCGUGCAGCUGGGCAUGAUAUUGCACCUGUUCACGUGGGAGGAGCAGAUCACUGCGUUUGAAAACGCGAUCGCUCUGCUGCGCGAUGAGCCGGGCGUACUGAUUAUUGGACAAGCUACGGGGAACUUGGAUGGCGUUGUCACUCAGACGCUUACUGUUGGUGGUGCCAACAGGGGAACAUGCAAGCACAAUGUCGACAGCUUCAAAAGGCUCGUCAAGGAGGUCGAGACGCGGACGGGAACGCAGUGGGAUGUCAAAGCUGAGUUGGACGAGGGAUUGAGUGUCCACGAUGGGAAGAGGACCUGGGACGACCCCAAGACGAGAAGGCUAUUAUUCGAACUGGAAAGGAGGCAAUGA